AUGGCUGAUUACGCCAACGUUCGCGUCGGGAAGCUCAAGCUCAAGGGUGAAAAGCGAAAGAAACACAAGAAGAGCAAGCGGGAGAAGGGCGACGAGCCCUCAUCGGCGGUGGACUUGAACGACGCCGAGCAGCACGGCAAUUGGUUUUCUUGUACCAAGCCCGAGCAAAUCACUGGAUCUGUUUGCAUUGAAUACGGCCUUCACCAGUACGUUCGAGCCCUCGACAAUGGCUACCUGAUUCUAGGUGCCCCUCAUUCCGCCGGCGAGGGGCCUGACCAGGAGGAGAUCUUUGUGGCAAUUCGCUCAUCCAGUAAUCAAGUGGCCUUCAAGACGGGCUACAACAAGUACCUCAGUGUUGAUGCUCGCCACCGAGUGGUCGGUCGGUCGGAUGCUGUCGGGCCGAAGGAGCAGUUUGAUUCAGUAUUCCAGGAAGGCAAACUCGCCAUUAUGGCAUCCAACAAUUGCUUUCUCUCAAUCGACGAAGACAACGAGGAGCUGCCCUAUCUGGUAGCGAAAAGUCACAAAGUGGCCGAUUCAGAAAUCUGCAAGUUGCGAACAAACAUCAAUCCCGAGCUGACGCGCAUUGAACGCUUGAAGAAGGAGAUACCGGACGAGGAAAAGGGAUCACUGCGCGACUGUGAAGUCAACUACGUGCGAAAAUACCAGAGUUUCCAGGAUAAAAAGAUGCGCCUCAAUUCGGGGAGUGAUAUUUCGCUGAAGAAGGCGCACAAGGAUGAUGCGGCAGAUAAUGAACCUCGGGCUUUGUAUUUGGACGCCCAGGCGACAACACCUCUCGAUCCAAGGGUGCUUGACGCUAUGCUGCCUUACAUGAUCAACGAGUACGGCAAUCCGCAUUCGAGGACGCACAUGUACGGCUGGGAAAGUGAAAAGGCCGUGGAGAAGGCCCGAGAGCAGGUGGCAAGUUUAAUCGGCGCUGACCCAAAGGAGAUUGUCUUCACCAGCGGUGCCACCGAGUCAAACAACAUUGCCAUCAAGGGAGUCGCCAAGUUUUAUAAAGACAAGAAGAAUCACAUCAUCACCACGCAAACGGAGCACAAGUGUGUCCUAAGCUCGUGCCGGUACCUCGAGAAUGAGGGCUUCAAAGUGACCUAUUUACCGGUGAAAGUUAACGGCGUCAUUGACCUGGAGCUGCUGGAAAAGUCCAUCACUGAGAAGACGGCGCUCGUUUCAGUCAUGGCAGUCAACAAUGAAAUCGGCGUCAGGCAGCCCAUUGCUGAAAUUGGCGAAAUUUGCCGCAAGCGAGGCGUCUUCUUUCACACCGAUGCGGCGCAAGCAGUCGGCAAGAUACCGCUCAGCGUGAAAGAGGAAAAGGUGGACCUGAUCUCCAUCAGCGGCCACAAGCUGUACGGCCCCAAGGGAAUCGGAGCACUGUACGUUCGCAGGAAGCCUCGAGUGCGCAUCGAGGCGGUGCAGAGUGGCGGCGGACAGGAGCGCGGCAUUCGCAGCGGCACCCUGCCCACGCAGCUCGUCGUCGGCAUCGGGUCGGCCUGCGAGGUGGCCCAGCGGGAGAUGAAGUACGACAGUGCCUGGGUGAAGAAGCUCUCCGACCGCCUCAUCACCGGCAUCAUGGCGGAGAUCCCCAAAGUCAUUCGCAAUGGCGACCCCGAGUUCACCUACCCCGGCUGCGUCAACCUCUCCUUCGCCUACGUCGAGGGGGAAAGUCUGCUGAUGGCGCUGAAGGACGUGGCGCUCUCCUCGGGCAGCGCCUGCACCUCCGCCUCCCUGGAGCCGUCGUACGUGCUGCGCGCCAUCGGCGCCGACGAGGACCUGGCGCACUCCUCCAUUCGCUUCGGCAUCGGCCGCUUCACCACCCUCGAGGAGGUGGACUUUACCGUGCGCAAGUGCAUUCAACACGUCACCCGACUGCGAGAGAUGAGCCCGCUCUGGGAGAUGGUCCAGGAGGGGGUGGACAUUAAGGCGAUCAAGUGGACGCAGCACUAG